GCCAGACUGCUUUUGCGUAUGCAUGCAUAUUGAACCUUAUAGUGAAGUGUCAAAUUCGUAAGAAAAAGGGACUUUGAAUUCAUCCUGUAUUGAAAGAGAGAGAGAGAGAGAUCUGGUUUUGUAAACACGAAGAUAACCUAAAAUUACAUGCACGAGCAUGCCGCCGAAAAAGAAUGCCGGUACCGCAAAAAGUAACAAAGGUAAAUCCUCGGAGGAUGGUAGUGGGAAAGCAGAAAAGAAAGGAGGAUCCUCGGUCAAGGUCAGACAUAUCUUGUGUGAGAAACAAUCAAAGAUAUUGGAGGCGUUGGAGAAAUUGAAGGCUGGUCAGAAAUUCAAUGAAGUCGCAACAACGUACAGUGAGGACAAAGCCAGAUCUGGGGGUGAUCUCGGUUGGAUGACACGAGGUUCCAUGGUAGGGCCGUUUCAAGAUGCUGCUUUUGCAUUGCCAAUUUCCAGUUUGGCAUCACCAGUUUAUACAGAUCCACCAGUGAAAACAAAGUUUGGGUAUCACAUCAUAAUGGUGGAAGGUAAAAAGUAAUUUCUUUUAAAGCAGAUUUAUAUAAUACUUUUGUGGAACAGUCAUAUAUAUCUGUUUAAGUAAAUAGAUAUGAAUAUACGAUACAUCAUACAGAGAUAAUGGC